UGUCCUGCAUAUAACUCAACUGAAAAACGACCGUCAUUUCGUUCGCAAGCAGACGAGUGUUUUCAUUCAACGUGACACAAGGCUCGGACUCGUCAGAACCAAAAUGCAUGGGCGGCUCAAAGUUAAAACAACGAAGGAGCAGGAGGAGGAGAGGCGAGUGAAGCGAGCACAGAAAGUGAAACAAUACAGACUCGCUUAUGGCAGAAUUGUUGAAAAAAGACAGGCAGGGGAGCGGGAUGAAGAGGGCCUGCAGAUCUCCCAGCAGAUCCUGGAGAUGAUUCCAGACAUCCACUCUCUGUGGAACUAUCGGCGGGAGAUCAUCGAGCAUCUCAAGGAGUCAGGGUCCGAGGACGACCUGCAGCGCCGCCUGGAGUCGGAGCGCCACCUGACGGAGACGUGCCUCCGCGCCAACCCCAAGUCGUACGGCGCGUGGCACCACCGCACCUGGGUCAUGGACUCCAUGCCCUCGCCGGACUGGCAGCGCGAGGUGGCGCUCUGCACCAAGUUCCUCAACCUCGACGAGCGCAACUUCCACUGCUGGGACUACCGGCGCUUCGUGGCGGCGCGCGCGGCCCUGGCGCCGCAGCAGGAGCUGAGCUUCACGGACGACAAGAUCGCUGUCAACUUCUCCAACUACUCGUGCUGGCACUACCGCAGCAAGCUGCUGCCGCUCGUGUACCCGGACCCCGCGGGCGUGCGGCCCGUCAGGGAAGACCAGCACCGCCACGAACUGGAGCUGGUGCAGAACGCCGCCUUCACGGACCCCAACGACCAGAGCGCCUGGUUCUACCAGCGGUGGCUGCUGGGCCGCAGCCAGCCCGCCCAGGCCGUGACGCGCGCGCUGGUGUCGCCGGGGCUGUGCUUGGUGGCCACGGCGCGGCCCGCCAAGGCGCGCGGCCUGGGGCUGCAGCUCCUCCUGGACUCGCGGCCGCUGGACGGCCGUUGGCGCAGCGCGGACGGCCAGCGCUGCAGCAGCGUGUGGGUGUUCGAGCCGGCGUCGCCCAUCCCCUCGCCGCUGCCCGGGGACGUCGCAGCGCGCUUCCUGGACGCGUCCGGCGCCGAGGUGGACGUGGCCCUGGACGUGGUCGCAGACGGCUCCAGCGCGGCGCUCAACAGUGUGCCGGCGUUCGGGGCGCCGCUCAGCCCCGCCCUGGCCUCCGUCAUGAUGGAGGAGCUCGACGCCUGCCGCCAGCUGCUGGAGUUCGACCCGGACAGCAAGUGGACGCUGCUGACUUCGGUGCUGCUGAUGCAGACCAUUGAACGGCAGCAGUUCGAGGCAGAGACCGUCCUCACGCUGGACACGCUCGUGGAGCUGGACUACCAGCGCGCCAACUACUACAAAGACCUGCGGAGUCGCCUGGUGCUGGAGUACGCCCUGGAGCGGCAGCGCGGCGACGCCGUGGACCUGACGAGGCUGUCGCUGACGGCCCUCUACCACGCGCCGCUGCUCGCCCUGGUCAAGACCCUCGUCCUGGACGACAACCACCUGCGCCGCCCCUUGCCGCAGUUGGCCGCGCUGCAGUGCUGCGAGACGCUGUCCAUGGACAGGAACGAGCUGGUGUCGCUGUCCGGCUGGGGCGCCAUGCCGAACCUCCGGCGUCUGUCGCUGCGCGGCAACGCGCUGGCCAGCGUGGACAGCCUGGCGCCGCUGGCGUGCUGCCCCCGCCUCCGGGAGCUGGACGUCCGCAACAACCCCGUGGCCAGCGUGGAGGCCCUGCGCAGCGCCGUGAAGGCCGUGCUGCCUGGCCUCGGCGUCCUCAACGGGGAGCCCCUGUAGACUGCGCUCCGUGGAGGCCGUGCUGCCUGGCCUCGGCGUCCUCAACGGGGAGCCCCUGUAGACUGCGCUCCGUGGAGGCCGUGCUGCCUGGCCUCGGCGUCCUCAACGGGGAGCCCCUGUAGACUGCGCUCCGUGGAGGCCGUGCUGCCUGGCCUCGGCGUCCUCAACGGGGAGCCCCUGUAGACUGCGCUCCGCGGAGGCCGUGCUGCCUGGCCUCGGCGUCUUCAACGGGGAGCCCCUGUGGAGAGUGCGCCCCGCGCCACCAAGACUGGAGUCUAGGCUCUCGGACGGCAUCCUCUCCGUCUACGCCUGCACUCACUCACCGAUCCCUUUCCGAUCGUGUUGUUCUGAUUAUAAGUGUAUUUUGUUGUAAGAUCAUUGUCAUUCCUUUGUUGUCUAUUUUUUUCCCCGUGAUAGAUUAUGUUGCUUAAGAUGUGUUUUGUCGUUUAAUGUUACUGACAUUUGUUGUGAGACUUAGUAUUGUUCCUACUGUCGCACUGUGCUGGUCUUUUCUAUGUUUGAAUAAAAGAGUUUAGUUUUGAGUAAUUAAA